AUGUCGAAAUUCCAAGCCUUCGUUUUAAUUACUGCUGCCUUUUUCUUAAUUCUUUUUUGGACUGCUUCAGCCCAAGUCCCAUGUCAUUCAUCUACUCCCGGAGGUCCAAUUAACGUUUUUACACCGGGCGCAGGAACUUAUUCUAAUACUUCAUAUCAAGCUGUUAACUGGAGUACUAACGGUCCACUUCGAAGCGAUCAAAAGGUCGAGAUUUGUAUUACCAAAAAAAGAGAUAGUCCAUGCGACAUUCUUUGUUACAGAGCCAUUAGCUCAUCAGUCCCAUUCGGAUAUGGCACUUCUCCUACUUUCGAAAUGGAUCUCGGACCAGGAGUGUUCUACAGCCUUGUGCAAAGUAAGGAUGAUCCAACAAUUUGGGGUGCUGGGCCGCCGUUCAGUGUUACGUCGUAA